AUGUUUGCGGGAAUUUCUUUCUUGGAGGCGGAAAAAGUGAAUGCCUUGGGCUUUGCCACCAAAAGGGAUGCCAGGAGAGUGUUCCACGACAGAGCUCGUCUGCUUUACGACCUCGAUGCGGAGUCUGAUCAACUCACCAUUUUGCAGUCUGUCCUCCUUCUCACAUCAUGGUCUGAGACCCCGGGCGAUAGUAAAGGCACUUGGCAUUGGAUGGGUGUCGCGGUAUCCCUUGCAUUUGGUCUGGGCCUUCAUCGUAAAACACUUGACACGCCUGACACUAGGAGAAUCAACAGACUCCGAAGGCGAAUCUGGUGGUCUUGUUACUUGCGUGACCACAUGAUCGCCUUGACCAUGAGCCGGGCGAUGCGUAUCCGGGACGACGAAUUCAAUACAAUCAGAUUGACCCGUGAGGAUUUUGACACGGCAGAUAUGGUGAUGCAAAGCCUGCAAGGGGCAGUCCCACAAGAAUCUCUCACACUACCAAGCCCCAGCGCACUACAGAUGCUGGCAGAAAUGUGCAUCUUCAUGAUUGAAUUAGCCGGGCAUGCUGGUGCUAUCCUGACGCUACAAUAUUCGACGCUGCCCCCAGACGACAUAGGAACAGAGGAAACCAGCAGUUUGACCAACUCGAGGACAAUGCUGUUCCCAAAAUUGCAGCCUGACAUGCUGGAGAACGUGAUAGUGUGUGAAGAGGAGAUCCAAAAGUGGUUUCGGAGCAGGCCAGAAUCCUGUUUUCACGCUCCUGGCACUACACUAUUGGCGAGACAGGAUCCCAGUAUUGUAUUGCAUCAAACCUUCAUCCACAUGGCCUUUCAAGCAGUUGUGUCGGCGCUUCAUCGACCACUGGUGAUCUUAAAAGUCCAGCCUUCGGAUCAUAGAACUCAGGAGUUACAACGACUCUCCCAGUUGAGGAUCUUUGAGGCAGGGAUCGAAAUCAGUCGAGCCUGCCACGAUCUCCGGAUCAACGGCUUGGAAGAUAUGCUCCCCCCGACCGCUAUUCUCAUACAAAUUCCUGCCAUCAUGUCUCAUAUACCUCGGGUGCGACUACACAAAGAAGGCCGUGCACAUGACCCUUUGAGAGCCAUACUCAACUCUCUCAAGGUCUGUGAAACAUUACAAGAAGUUCAUCCAGGCGUUGAUGUCGUGAUGAAUUUUCUCAUCACCGUCUUGAAACGUGCCCAUAUUGAGCUAAUUAAGGACGGCCAUGGGAAGAUUCUGUACUUGUAUAAUCGGUGUGUCGAUAAUGCUCUGGUCGACCAAUCGAAAAGCAAGGUCGGAUCUUCGGCGAGAAUUGGUAUCGAUCGGGGGGCAGACAUAAUUUCGUCGUUGACAGCCACAGGCAAUGACCGAGAUGGCUGGAGUAGACCAUCGCUUGAAGCACCAAAUGGAUCUGCGCCCGCUGCUUUCGACAGUGAUCCAACACUCUCCAUGGCCCCGUUGUUGCCUCAAGAUUGUACGACCGCAGGUGUGGACGAAGUGUCCUUGGCGCUUCUCGAUGCCAUCAACUUUGACGAUUUUGGCCUUCUGAUGGACCUCGACGACUCGCAUUAUCUUGACAAGGAUGGGUUGGGGACGUUCGAUGAUGUAAUGGCUGAACAAGGUACUGAUAUGUCACUCCUCAUGAUCUGA